CUAUUUUGAUAUUUACACUCACCAAUCGCCAGUUUCAGUAGUGAUUCAUCUUUUUGAAAAUCUCUACCUUUUUGGCCAUAAAAUUUAGAAAAAUAAAAUGUUCAACAAUAUAUUUGGCAAAAAACCAACCGUAAAGGAGCAGCAACGUGAAAAUGAUCGCAGCCUGCGUAAAGCAACACGCGACAUUGAGCGAGAGCGUCGAAAACUGGAAGAGGAGGAGAAGAAACUAGAAGCUGAGAUCAAGCGCAAUGCAGCCGCUGGAAACAAUGAUGCGUGCCGUAUUCUAGCCAAACAACUGAUAGAGAUUCGCAAACAAAAAUCACGCAGUUAUGCCGCUGCCGGCAAAAUUCAGUCCAUAGGCUACCAGAAUAAGAACAUGGGCGCAAAUAUAGCAUUAGGCGAGGCAAUGGGCACCACAGCGCAGACGAUGGCUACAAUGAACAAGGUAAUGCGCCCAGAGGCAAUUGCAGGCACAGUGCGUGACUUCCAGCAAGCGAAUAUGCGCAUGGAGAUGACAGAUGAAAUGAUCAACGAUACGCUAGACGACAUGUUGAACGAGUCUGGUGAUGAGGAGGAAUCCAAUGAUGUGGUCAACAAGGUGCUUGACGAAAUUGGCAUAGAAAUCUCUGGAAAAAUGGCCAGCAUACCAGCCACAGGGUCUGGCGAGUUCGAGACUAGUGGCAAACGCACCGAAAAAGAUAUAGCGGAUCAGUUGGCUAAGCUGAGGUCUUCCUAGAUAUUCC